AUCAACAUCAUUGAUUAGUUCCUUUACUUGUGAAAAAGUUCAAAAAACUCCUUUAAAGAGAAAGAGAAAACAUAAGAAAAUGAAAUUAAGCAGCAUUUCAUUUUUGUCCAAGCUUUUAAUACUUCAAUAUCUAUCUUUUCAAUGCCUUUCUACUCAGGAUUUUCAUUUCUUCACUUUUAUUCUGCAGUGGCCAGGAUCAUACUGUGACUCAAAACUAGGCUGCUGUUAUCCGAAAACCGGUAAACCGGCGGCAGAUUUUACUAUUUAUGGACUCAGGCCUAGUUUCAAUAUUAAUGGAACAUCUCCCACAAACUGUGAUAUUCAAAGUGUCUUUAAUAAAUCUAAGAUCUCAGACCUCAUUGAGGACUUGGAAAUAAAUUGGCCAUCUUUGAGGUGUCCACGUCUGAACAAUAUUAAAAUAUGGUCACAUGAAUGGAUGAAACAUGGCACAUGUUCAGAAUCUAAGCUUUCUCAACAUGACUACUUUCAAACAGCUCUCAAACUCAAGAAAAAACUGAACCUUCUUCAAAUGCUUAAGGACGCAGGAUUUGAACCAAAUGAUCAAUUUUACGACAUAGGAAACCCUUUAAGCAUUAUAGAAGACGCUACAGGGUUUCUCCCAGGAAUGGAAUGUAAUAGAGAUUCAGCAGGUAACGAUCAGGUUUUAAAAGUUUACAUGUGCGUGGAUAUUUCUGGGUCAAAUUUCAUUCAGUGCCCUAGUCUGGUGGACAACUGUGGUGCCAAAGUACAAUUCCCCAAGUUUUAAGCAGAACAUGGUUUACUUUGUAUUUUGAUUUUAUAGUUACUGUUAUAUUUCUAAGAGUAAAUACUCAAUUUCGUCUCUCAUAAUUUUAUCCCGACUCAAUUUAGUUUCUCUUGAUAAAUAAUACUCAAGUUAAUCCUUGACAUGUUCUAUUGAAUACAAGUUUGUAUCUCUAUUAUAAUAAAAGUUAGAAAUUGAUUUGUUUUCAA